AUGUACCGUCAAAUCGAAGUUGACGAGGCAGAUCGCAAUUUCCAGCUUAUUCUCUGGAGGGAAAAACCUACGGAUCAGAUUAGCGUUUAUAAACUGAACACAGUGACAUAUGGUACUUCACCUGCUCCUUUCUUGGCAACACGUUGCCUAAACUACUUAAGUGACCUGUACAAGAAUUCUCAUUCAGUUGGAGCAAGGGUUAUCCGACAUGACUUCUAUGUCGAUGACCUAUUGACUGGUGCUGACAGUCUGAAGGAACUGGAAACAAUUCGUACCCAAUGUACUGAAAUUCUUGAUUCGGCUGGAUUUAAAUUAGCGAAAUGGUUUUCAAAUCAUAAAACGUAUGACUCAUCAGACUUCUUUCUAAAUGUUAAUAAUACUGAUUCCACAAAGGCGCUAGAUAGUGAUUCACUCUUGACAUCAACUGAAAAAUUCAACCAUUUGUUAUCGUGUCUUCAAGGCGAAGCGUUAGCUACAGUAAAGGCGUUCCAAAUAACGGAAGACAACUAUCCGAAGGCUCUCCAAAGACUCAAAGAGCGAUACGACAAUGACCCUCUCAUAUUUCUGGAAGGCAUUGCAACACUUUUUGAUGAACCACAAUGUAUUAAGCCUGAUUCGACUCAACUUCGCCAAUUAGUGGACAACAUUUCGGCUUUAUAUAGUUCGCUUAAGUCACUGGGAUCACACGAACAGAUAUGUGAUGCAAUCAUGAUUCAUUUGGUGAUGACGAAAGUGGAUAGUGAGACGAAACGUAAAUGGAAUGAAUGUCACGACUAUACGAAACUACCAACUUGGCUGGAAUGUUGCAAGAUGCUUGACAGGCGAUGUCAACAAUUAAUGGUACUAGCAAAGGCCAAGCCAAAGGCUACAAUCAACCAAGAAUUGCAGCAUACUAGUGUUCGUAAACCUUUCAAGCACAUCUUAAUGACGAAACAAAAGUCUACAAGUCAGAUUCAUUGUGUAUAUUGUUUAAAACCUGGUCAUUAUAUCACUAAUUGUCCAAAUUUUUUAGCUCUAUCAAUUGAAAAUCGAUGUCAACAGGCGAAGCAAAUUCAACUAUGCUUUAAUUGUCUCCGGAAAGAUCACAUUAGCACACAUUGUCCAUCAACGUAUUCAUGCCGAAUGUGCAAAAAACGACAUCAUUCACUUUUACAUAAUACUGGUGCAUCAUCUAAUAUGGAACCUUUGUGUGAGCAAACAAUAUCACCUCUAAGUCAUGUACACACUAAUGCACUAGUUCCAGACGAAACUUCUGCUCGGGUAAAAUCAGUGGUGCUUUUGGCAACAGCAAUGGUGUUAGUUAAAGAUGCAUCUGGUACUUUUCAACUCUGUAGAGUGUUAUUAGAUUCAUGCUCGCAGGUCAAUUUAAUAUCGGAAUCGAUGUGUAAUGCACUUCAUCUAAAAAAGUCACGAAGUGAAAACAGCCUUGUUGGUGCAGGAGCUGCAUCAGUAAAUAUUAAACAUAAAACAAUAAGCACGAUACGAUCAAGGUUAAACAGUUUUGAAGCAGUACUUGAGUUUCUCGUUACCAAAAGAAUUUCUGGAUAUCACCCUAAUGAAACACUGUCGUUAGAAGAGUUGCAAAUUCCUGAAAAUCUUCAAUUAGCUGAUCCGACAUUUUACAAACGCCAAAAAAUUGAUAUGUUACUUGGUGCAGAAGCUUUCUUUUCACUGCUAGCAGUAGGCCAAAUAAAACUUGGUGAGAAUUUACCGACUUUACAAAAAACUUUGUUCGGCUGGAUUAUUUCAGGAAAACAUUGUUCUACUAAAGAUUCCAAAAUUGUUUCAUCCCAUUGUGUUGUCAGCUUGGAUACAAUUAAUGCGAACUUGGAACGGUUGUGGCAGAUAGAGGAACCAGUUCAUCCACCAUCAGUAUGGUCAGUAGAAGAACAGCAAUGCGAAACCAACUUUCAAAAAACUGUAGCUCUCAGUAACGAUGGCCGAAUUAUGACAAGGUUGCCAUUCAAAGGCGACACAAGUACUCUUGGAAAUUCUCAGAAAAUUGCAUUAAGAAGAUUUUUAUCUAUGGUAAGAAGACUUGACUCCAAUAUUGAGUUAAAAUUGGAAUAUGUGAAAUUUAUGCAAGAUUACGAAAAUCUCGGACAUAUGUCGAUGGUUAAGGAUUUGGAUUUAAAUUCUCCCCACUAUUUUAUCCCACAUCAUUAUGUAAUUAAACCAGAUAGCACAACUACUAAAUUACGUGUAGUUUUUGAUGCUUCAGUUCGUACAUCAUCACAAGUGUCAUUAAAUGAGUUAUUAAUGGUGGGCCCUACAAUCCAAAAUGAACUUGUAAUAACAUUAUUAAGAUUUCGAUUAUAUCAAUAUGGAAUAACGGCUGACAUAACAAUAAUGUAUAGACAGUUUUGGCUACAUCCAAGUGAUCGCAAUUUUCAACUAAUUUUGUGGCUUGAGCAUAAAUCGCAAAAUAUUUCAGUUUAUUAA